AUGCCUCUUGUUGCACAGAAUCCACUUCCCCGAAUCAUCCUCGGGCUCAUGACCUUUGGGCCCAAUGAGGCCGCGGGUGCCCGUAUCACUUCCCUCGACGAGUUCAAUCGGUGUCUGGACUAUUUCCAGAAGCAGGGAUUCAACGAAAUCGACACUGCCCGCAUCUAUGUCGAUGGAGAGCAAGAAGCGUUCACUGCCAAGGCCAAUUGGAAGCAACGCGGCCUAACCAUUGCAACGAAGUGGUACCCCAAGGAGGCUGGAGCGCAUAAACCCGCUAUCCUGCGCGAGAAGCUCGAGCUAUCCCUAAAGGAGCUCGAUACCAAUCAGGUCGAUAUCUUUUACCUACAUGCAGCAGAUCGCGCGACGCCAUUUGCAGAGACUCUAGAAGCUGUGAACGAGCUACACAAGGAGGGCAAGUUCGUUCAGUUGGGUCUGAGCAACUAUACGGCCUUUGAGGUGGCGGAAAUUGUAACUCUCUGCAACGAGCGUGGUUGGGUUCGUCCUACGAUCUUCCAAGCCAUGUAUAAUGCCAUCACCCGUAAUAUUGAAGUCGAAUUGGUCCAUGCCUGCCGGCGCUACGGUUUGGACAUUGUCAUCUACAACCCCCUUGCUGGCGGACUUUUCUCUGGAAAAUACAAGACAAAAGAUGUCCCCGAAGAAGGCCGGUUUGCUGAUAGUAGCUCCACGGGGACCAACUACCGCAGUCGCUACUUUAGGGACGCAAACUUCGAGGCUUUGAGCAUUAUUGAGCCCGUGGUUGCUAAGCACGGCCUGACGCUUGUUGAGACGGCUAUGCGCUGGGUCCGCCAUCACUCUAUGUUGAACAUGGAUAACGGUGGCCGCGAUGGUGUACUGGUCGGCGUGAGCAGCUUCGGUCAGCUUGAGACUAAUCUUCGGGAGCUGCAGAAGGGGCCCCUUCCAGAAGAGGUGGUGGAAGCUUUGGAUAAGGCUUGGUUGGUUGCCAAGGCUAAUUCUCCUAACUAUUGGCAUCUGGAUCUGAAGUAUACUUAUAAUACUCAGGAGGCACUGUUCAAGCCCAAGUCUAAGGCUUAG